UCAGCGCGGGACAGAUCCUGCACCGUCUGUACUGCAAUAUGGCGACAGAGUUCCAUAACCUGCAGGAGCUGAGGCACAGUGCAUCUCUCGCCACCAAGGUGUUCAUACAGAGAGACUACAGCGAAGGAACCGUGUGCCGCUUCCAGACCAAAUUCCCCUCAGAGCUCGACAGCAGGAUCGAGCGGACCUUGUUUGAGGAGACAGUGAAGACUCUGAACUCUUACUAUGCGGAGGCAGAAAUGAUCGGAGGUCAGUCGUACCUGGAGGGAUGUCUGGCUUGUGCCACGGCUUACAUCAUCUUCCUCUGCAUGGAGACACGCUAUGAGAAGGUGCUAAAGAAGAUAUCAGGCUACAUCCAGGAGCAGAAUGAGAAGAUCUAUGCUCCAAGAGGUCUCCUCCUGACAGAUCCCAUAGAGAGAGGCAUGAGAGUUAUAGAGAUCAGUGUGUUUGAGGACCGGGGCUCAGGCAGCUCCACUCCCAGCAGCAGCAUGUCGUCGGCGGGCAGCAGCGCCCGGUGACUGGAGGGGCAGCGCCAGG